UUCAGAGCGGAGCGCGAUCGGUUGAGCUCAGAGCGUUUUAAACAGGACCGUUGAAGUCUGACUGAUAACUGACAGUUCAAGGACCACAGAGGAGCUACUGCUUUUUAUUCUCUUCGUGUUUACAUUGGAUAUUUAUUUUGCUGCUCAACAUGGCCGUGACUGAAGCUGGAUGCGAUCUCACUUACUGCAAAAUGAGGGGUAUUGUCGCCGUACUCACCGCUUUCAUAAAGGAGAGAAAAAUGGGACUGAAUGACUUCAUCCAGAAGCUGGUGUCUACUCCACAUAUCUGCCAACAUGUUGAAGUUAACAACUUCCUGAAGAUUGAUGAGAAUCAGAAUGAGGAGGUUGAAGAUGAACUUCCUGAUAGACCGAUGUGCCUAAAUUCACGAAGUUCACUGGCUGAGGAAACUCAGAUCAAACCCUGUGAUUUUGACUACCUCAGAAUUAUCGGCAAAGGCAGCUUUGGAAAGGUUCUGCUGGCUCGACACAAGGAGUCCACCAAAUAUUACGCCGUCAAAGUGCUACAGAAGAAAAUCAUCAUGAAGAAGAAAGAGCAAAAGCAUAUCAUGGCUGAGCGCAGUGUGCUGAUGAAGAACAUCAAGCAUCCCUUCCUGGUGGGGCUGCACUACUCCUUCCAGACUACUGACAAGCUGUACUUUGUACUUGACUACGUCAACGGCGGAGAGCUGUUCUACCAUCUCCAGAGAGAGAGGGUCUUCCUGGAGCCCAGAGCCAGGUUCUAUGCUGCUGAAAUUGCAAGUGCACUUGGCUACCUCCACUCCCUGCACAUUGUGUACAGGGACCUGAAGCCUGAGAACAUACUCAUAGACUCUCAGGGCCACAUUGUCCUCACAGACUUUGGCCUCUGCAAAGAAGGUCUUGAGGACAAUGGUACCACAACAACCUUCUGUGGGACACCUGAGUACUUGGCCCCUGAGGUUCUCCAGAAGCAGGCAUAUGACCGCACAGUGGACUGGUGGUGUCUGGGAUCUGUGCUCUACGAGAUGCUUUAUGGACUUCCCCCGUUCUACAGUCGCAACACAGCUGAGAUGUACAACAACAUCCUGCACAAGGCUCCUGUGCUCAAGCCCAAUGUGUCAAACUCAGGCAGGGAACUGCUUGAGGGGCUCCUGCAGAAGGACCGCACCAAGAGGCUGGGAGUGAAGGAUGACUUUCUUGAACUGAAGUACCAUUCAUUCUUCUCUCCAAUCAACUGGGAGGACCUGAUGUCCAAGAAGAUCACACCUCCAUUCAUCCCCUCAGUGAGCGGUCCCACAGACCUCCGACACUUCGACCCCGAGUUCACCCACCUGCCCGUGUCCUCCUCUCUGUGCACCGACACCCUGACUGUGACCAGCAGCGUCAGGGAAGCAGCCGGAGCUUUUCCAGGCUUCUCAUAUGGGCCUCCAGCAGACCACUCCUUCAUGUGAACAUCUCUGCCCUUCUGUCCAGGGGUCUGACAAGAAACGGGAUAAAAGCUCUGGAUUAAGAGUCUUAUUUUGACUGAGGGACCACACCGGAGCAGCCUGUUGGAGGGACAUUACACAGCCUGAUAAGAGGAUCUAACUGACAAGAUGGACAUGAAUACCAGAGAAGUGAAUCUCUUGACGGAUCUUGUGCAUGAAAAGUAUCCAGAUGGGGGACUCAUGUUACAACACCAGUGGCCCAACUCUUCUGCCUCACCCAUCCAAAACUAUAAUACAUGUGUGCCAAGCAUGGAUGCACUCUGGGGUCAUAAAACAUCACUCUCUGGUGGCUCUGGACCUCGCAGCUACUGGUGAAGUGACAUGAAGAGAAGUGCCUGUGGUUCGAAAGGCAGUUUGGACGGCAGGGACAGUGUUGGCGAGAGCCAGCUUUAUCAAAAACCACAAAACCACCUGUUUGGACUUUUGACCAGGGCGCCAGCCGUUAAGGGCGAUGCCUUCAUUACAUGUCUAUAUGUGUAUUUGUUUUUGUUUCAAAAUUCACAAAGCGUUGUUAUUUUCAUGUGAAUGCUCAAUUGCACUUGAGGAAACAAGGGUCAAGAAAAGUGAAACUUCCUGCUUUUAAGCAUCAGCAACUUGGAUUAGACGGCCGCAUAUCUUUCCUCUUUUUAUUUAAUAUCUUUGGACAAAGCAGAAACACUAUGUACACUAUAGUGGCACUUGGACCAAGCAGUUGGCAUGCUUUAACACAAACACUUUUUUUGACCGGUUUGUCCUCAUAAACUGAAGAUCAAAGUUUUACUGUACUGUGUAGAAGAAAAUAGUUAUAUAUUUUAUUGCAAAACCAAAAGGUUUUCCAUGUUUUAAUAAUGACACAUUCUUUACUUUGAAGAAAGUUAUGCAUAUAUUAUAAAUAGAUUAAAUGAAAACUAUAUUUCCUGUAUGGCAAUAUAUUUUAUCCUUUUCAUUUACAACCAGUGACUGUGUUAAUCUAUAUCUUCUGUUUGCAAACUUUAUGAAAGACUUACUGAUCAGGAGAGCGUGAUACAGAGUUCAACCAGCAAUAACAGGCCCACAUCAAUGAUAGCACAUACUGUAUAUCAAUCUUCUUUCAAAUGUAAGUGAUUGCUGUUUUAUCGCAAACACUCCAGACAAAAAAUAGAAUAUGUGAUUACAAAUGUUUUUGUAUUUAUGCAUCAUGUAGAGAAGAACUGUGAAUGUCUUGUGCCUGUCCAAGACGGCCUGAUCCAUAUAAUACUGUAUGUGCAUAUCUCUGUUUCCUAAAGCUCUUGGUUCCUUUUCUAGAAAGUUAUGUGUUAAGAAAGUGCUUUGAAGAAGAACCACUAGGUGGAGUAGGUGCUGGCUUUUCCCUAACAGUGUUUAGCCACUAGCCUACUGCAUAAAAUGGUUUUGGAAAGUGCAAUAAAAUCUUGUUAACGCUGAAAGAAUAAUUAUCAUUUUAUCUCUUUUAGCAGAAGUGCAAGUUUAUGAUCUGAUAUUUGUUAUGUUAUUGAGAGAUGAUCUUCACUCAAACAGAUUGUUCAUUACUUUGUUUUGCCCCUUGACUCCCUAUUUUAGCCACACAUUUUCAAGCCUGCUGAAAAAACAGAAAAAAUAAGGCAACACACAGUUCUAGAUAAUUUUCUUCCAUAUUUGGAAGCAUAAUUUUUCUGUUUUAUAUAUUCCUGUAUAUUUAUUUACAUGCCACUGCUACUGUAUAAAGAGUAUGAUUUACAUGAUCAACUGAAAUAUUAAACUGUAAUCUGUGUCAGAGAUAGUAAAUAAAUUCUCUAAAUUCAA